AUGGGCAACGCGGCCAGCAGCGUGGAGGCGUCUCCGGCCAAGGAGAGCAGGGGGGCCCCCGCCGCCCCCCCCGCCGCCGCCGCCGCCUCGGCGCCCCUGCCCCCCAAGCAGCCCGCCGCCCCCAAGCAGCCCCUGCCCAGCGCCGGGGAGCUGGAGGAGCGCUUUGCCCACGUCCUGAAUUCCAUGAACUUACCACCGGACAAGAUGAAGUUACUCAGUCAAUAUGACAACGAGAAGAAAUGGGAGUUGAUCUGCGACCAGGAAAGGUUCCAAGUGAAGAACCCACCUUCUGCCUACAUCCAGAAACUGAAGAGCUAUCUAGACACGGGCGGAUUCAGUGGAAAGUUUAAGAGGCGUGUUCAAGAGUCCACCCAGGUUCUUCGGGAGCUGGAGAUCUCUCUGAGGACAAACCAUAUUGGCUGGGUCCAGGAGUUCCUGAAUGAAGAGAACAAGGGCCUGGACGUCCUGGUGGACUACCUGGCGUUUGCCCAGUGCUCCGUCACGUAUGAUAUGGACAGCACAGACAAUGGGAGCCCGGGGUCCGACAAGGGAAAAGCCCUGGACAGAUCUGUGGAGGACCUCAGCAGAAGCAACUCCUCCUCCCCCACGCAGGGCUCCUCCAAAAUGAGGCACCCGACUGUCAGGUGUUGCCAUUUGAACCAGCAGAUUCAAACAUUCUUUCAGCAAGGCCACCCCUGCGUCCCCUCCUCCAGCGCUCCCGGGUGCGAGCAGGACCCUAGGCCCAGGCCACCCGUCAACUCCUACUCCCCCCGGCUCAAUCUGGCCCACAGCAGGAAGGCCCUGCGCAACUCGCGCAUCGUCAGCCAGAAGGACGACGUUCAUGUCUGCAUCAUGUGCCUCCGUGCCAUCAUGAAUUAUCAGUCUGGGUUCAGCCUUGUGAUGAACCACCCUGCCUGUGUCAACGAGAUCACAUUGAGCCUCAACAAUAAGAGCCCCAGGACCAAAGCUCUCGUCCUGGAGCUGCUGGCCGCCGUUUGCUUAGUCCGAGGAGGACACGACAUCAUCCUGGCUGCCUUCGACAACUUCAGAGAGGUCUGUGGUGAAAAGAACCACUUUGAGAAGCUGAUGGAAUAUUUCCGAAAUGAAGACAGCAACAUAGAUUUCAUGGUGGCUUGCAUGCAGUUCAUCAAUAUUGUGGUGCAUUCGGUGGAGAACAUGAACUUCCGUGUCUUCUUGCAGUAUGAGUUCACGCAGCUGGGGCUGGAUGAAUACCUAGAGAAGCUGCGCUAUACAGAGAGUGAUAAGCUUCAGGUGCAGAUCCAAGCCUACCUGGACAAUAUCUUUGAUGUGAGCGCUCUGCUGGAAGACACAGAGACCAAGAACGCUGUCCUUGAGCACGUGGAGGACUUGCAAGAGGAAGUGGGGCAGCUUACAGACAAACUCCAGGAGGCAGAGAACGAGUCCAUGGCCAAGAUUGCGGAGCUGGAAAAGCAUCUGUGCCAGGCACGGCAUGAGCUGGAGACCCUGAGGGUGCGGCUGGCAGAGGACGAGCAGAACAAGAAGGAGCCAGUUGGCAAACCAAACAGUUCGCGGAGCCCUUCGUUGUUCCAAUUGCAGCAGCCCGCAGAGCCCCCGCAGCACCCGGCCUUACAGCGUAGGCUGGAGGAGCUUGAGGACAAAGGGCUGAUCCGCAUCCUGCGUGGACCAGAUGGGGACAUCAUUGUUAGCAUCGAGGUCAUCCCCGUCACGGUGGAGACCACAACUGUCUCGUCAAUCACUAUUGACGCACCUUCAUCAACCAGCACAGAUUUUCCUUCCCCGUCCACGUCCCCGGUUCCAGCUGCAGCUCCAGAAAUUCCCCCACCCCCACCCUUGCCUUUCGCCAAAGAUACCAGCAUCGUGGUUCUUCCUGGUGCUCCAGCGGAUGUCCAGCCUCCUCCCCCACCAGCCCCACCCCUUCCUGGGGCUGUUGAACCUCCACCUGCUCCUCCACUUCCUGUCGUGGGAACUAUGCCCCCUCCUCCACCACCACCACCACCACCCCUCCUUCCGGCAGACAGCUCCGCUCCUCCACCUCCUCCGCCCCUCCCAGUGUCUGGAGGGGCAAACGUACCUGCAGUUAGUUCAGCUGUCAAAAUAAAGAAGCCAAUACAGACCAAGUUCCGCAUGCCCACCUUCAACUGGGUGGCUCUGAAGCCGAACCAGAUCAACGGGACAGUCUUCAAUGAUCUCAAUGAUGAGAAGGUCCUUCAGGAGCUGGACAUGAAUGACUUUGAGGAACAGUUCAAAACCAAGGCUCAAGGCCCUGGUCUGGAGCUCAGCAGCUUGAAGGCAAAGACAUCCCAAAAGGCCCCCAGCAAAGUGACCCUGAUCGAGUGCAACCGGGCCAAGAACUUGGCCAUCACGCUCCGCAAGGGAGGUCUUACCAUGGACGGGAUCUGCAAGGCCAUCCAGACCUACGACCUCCAGUCCCUGAGCCUUGACUUCCUGGAGCUGCUGAUGCGCUUCAUCCCCAUGGAAUACGAACUGAGCAUGAUCCGCAAGUACGAGAAGGAGCAGCGGCCCCUGGAGGAGCUGUCGGAUGAGGACCUGUUCAUGAUCAAGUUCAGCAAGAUCCCCCGCCUGGCGGAACGCAUGAGCAUCAUGACCUUCUUGGGCAACUUCGGAGACACCGUGCAACUCCUCAUGCCGCAGCUGAAUUCCGUCAUUGCUGGGUCCAUGUCACUGAGGUCUUCGACCAAACUGCGUCAGAUUCUGGAGAUUGUCCUGGCAUUCGGGAAUUACCUGAACAGCAGCAAACGGGGAGCGGCUUAUGGGUUCCGGUUGCAGAGCCUUGAUGCACUCCUAGACAUGAAGUCAACCAACCGGAAGCAGACGCUGCUUCAUUACAUCGUGCGGGUGAUCCAGGAGAAAUAUCCAGAGCUUGUUAACUUUGCCAGUGAACUGCACUUCCUGGACAAGGCAGGGACAGUGUCACUGGACAGCGUCCUGCAAGAUGUGCGUGGUCUGCAGCGGGGCAUGGAGCUCACACGUAAAGAGUUCAUGCGCCAAGACGACAGUGCUGUGCUCAAAGACUUCCUUAAGGCCAACACAGAAGUGAUGGAGAAGCUCCAGGCAGACAGCAAAACAGCACAGGAGGCCUACGAGUCAACAGUGGAGUACUUUGGGGAAAACCCCAAGACCACCCCUCCCACUAUGUUCUUCCCAACGUUCAUACGCUUUGUCAAGGCCUAUAAGAAAGCAGAAGAGGACAUCCAGCUAUGGAGGAAGCAGGAAGCAGCUGCCAAACAGGAGGAGGAAGUGGGCUCCUCCAGGAAAGAGGAACAAUCAGCACCAAAGUCUCCCACCCACAAGGCCAAGCGGCAACAGAUGGACCUCAUAGCCGAGCUGAAGAAGAAACAGCUGGUGAAAGAGCCCAUCAUUUACGAGGGGAAGGACGGAGCCAUCGAGGACAUCAUCACAGGCCUGCGGAGCCAGCCGUACCGGCGGGGGGACACUGGUCGGCACAGUGGCAGGAAACGGAUCGUCGGACAAACGCUGCAGGUGACCGCCGACAUCUCGCUGUGACGGCCGUGGAUGGA